AUGUGGAUGGCGCUUGUGGUAGUCACAGCCCUGCUGUCUCGAAGCGCCCUGGCCGAUGUUGCGGACGCCGGCGCCGCGGAGGCAGAGGCGCCACGGGGAGCCCGCGCGCUGUCGCCCGGCUUCCUGCCGAUCAAUGCCCGCACGCCAGACACCGUGGUCGCCGCGGCGGCGGCAUCAACCCCCAAGUGGAAGGAUGCAGCGGUGCCGGCAGCAGAGCGUGCCGCCGACCUGGUUGAGAAGCUGACAUUGCAGGAGAAGCUGACCCUCCUUAGCAACAAGCAGCAGGCGGUGCCGCGGCUGGGCCUCAAGGCAUUUGAUUUCCUGACUGAGUGCCUGCACGGGCUCUGGGAGACCAACCCCUACACCAAGCAGCCGCCGACAAUUUUCCCUCAGCCGCUGGUCAUGGCGUCGACGUUUGACCGGCUGCUGGUCAAACGCGUGUUCGAUGCGGUCAGCACUGAGAUGCGGGCGAAAAACAAUUUCGAAGUCAAGAGCAAGGGCGUCAGUAGGGCGCUGACCUGCUGGACCCCCCACAUGAACAUCCUGCGGGACCCGCGGUGGGGCCGCGGCAGCGAGACCUGGGGCGAGGACCCCCACCUGUCGUCGGUGAUGGCGGCGCACGUCGUCAGGGGCCUGCAGGGGGAGGACCCCAAUUAUGUCAAGGUUGCUGCCACCUGCAAGCACUUUUACGGCUACUCGUUUGAGAUGGCAGACGGCCAGAGCCGCUACUCAUUCAACGCGCGCAUCGACCCCGUGGAUGCGGCCGACACCUACCUGCCGGCCUUCGACGCCUGCAUCCGCGCGGCCCGCACCCAGGGCGUCAUGUGCGCGUACAACGCGGUCGAUGGCGUGCCCAUGUGCGCCAACAAGCCGAAGCUCCAGGGCCUGCUGCGGGACAAGUGGGGAUUCGACGGUUACGUGGUGUCGGACUGCAACGCGGUGCAGGGGCUGGUGUGGGGCCACAAGACGGCGCGCGACGAGCCGGCGGCCAUCGCGCAGGCGAUCAAGGCGGGCACGGACCUGCUCUGCGACAACAUGGACUCCCAAAAGGCCGCGUCCCAGGCGCUGUCUCAGGGCCUCCUGACAGAGGCAGACAUCGAUUCGGCCCUCAACCACACCAUGGGCGUCCGCAUCAGGACCGGCCAGUUUGACCCACCGUCUUCCAUGCCAUGGGCGGGCGCUGAACUGGACAAGGUCAACUCGGCAGGCCACAAGGAGCUGGCGCGCAGCGUCGCGCGGAAGGGCAUCGUCCUGCUGAAGAACGAGCCGGCCCUCAACGCCACCAGCAGGAUGCUGCCGCUGGCAAAGGACAAGCUCAAGAAAGUCUGCGUCGUGGGGCCCCUGGCUGACAGCGCUGAGCACAUGAUGGGCAACUACUAUGGCGCGUGGGACAAGGGCGCCAGCACCCCUCUGGCCGCCAUCAAGGCGGAGCUCGCCGGCGCGACCGUGGCUGUGACUACGGACAACACCAUGCGCACCAUGGCCUGGAACUACUACGACUGGCCCCUGGAGAGCGCCCUGCAGUCCUGCGACGGCGCCGACGCGGCGCUGGUGUUCCUGGGCGCCUCCAUCAUCAGCACGCCCCUCACUCCCGCCCAGAAGGACAGCCGCCUCUCAUACCGCCCCGUCUCAGAGGGCGAGGGCUUUGACCGAGAGGGCCUCGGCCUGCCCGGCCGCCAGCUUGACCUGGUCAAAGCGCUCGCGCGCCGCAGCCCCGCGACGCCCAUUGCGCUGGUGGUGAUGAACGGCGGCCCGGUAGACCUGUCGUGGGCGCAGGGCAGCCCCAGCGUGGCGGCCAUCAUGGCGGCCGGCUUCCCUGGGCAGGAGGGCGGCCGCGCCGUGUCGGACCUGCUGUUCGGCCGCGCCUCCCCCAGCGGCCGCCUGCCCAACACCUGGUACCGCGAGGCCUUCAUCGCGGCGGCGCCCAUGGAGGAGUUUGGCAUGCGGCCCGACGCCGCCAAGGGGUACCCUGGCCGCACCUACCGCUUUGUGGAGGACCCCAAGUAUGUGCUCUACCCCUUUGGCCACGGCCUCUCCUACGCCACCUUUAGCUACUCUGCCAUGAGCGUCGCGCCAACUACGGACGCGGGCGGCAAGUGCGCAGGCUACGACCACGCUGCCUACUGCGUCAGCGUCACCGUGCGCAACACCGGUGCAAUGGCGGGCGAGGAGGUCGUGCUCUUGUACGUCUCCCACGCCGAAAAGGCGGGCACCGGCGGCUACCCGCUGCGCAGCCUGCGCGCCUUCACGCGCACGCGCGCGCUCGCGCCGGGGGAGUCGCAGGCGGUCGUGCUGCCGCUGCGGACCGCAGACUUCACGCUCCCUCGGCCGGAGGACGGGGCGCUGGUGGCGCGCCUGGGCACGUGGCGCGCCCAGAUUAGUGGCCUCACUGUGGACGUCCCCAUCGCCAGGGGCCAGCUCGACCUCUCCGCCACCACGGCUGAGUGGCCCGCGCAGGCGCCGGCCGGCGGCGAGUGA